AGCAGAGCUAGAUUUUUCACCAACAAGGUGGAUUAGUGAAACGGAUUAGCAGGUGGACGAAAGGAUACUCGUGGCAAAACUACACCCCGCUCCUUGAAAGAAUUAUACAGGCAACAUGCGGCUCAGCAACACAAUCGAGUGGCUACUCAUAGCGAUCGCGAUCAGUUUAAUACUCGACACAGCAACAGCACGACACCACCAUCGCCAACAGACGCAACAGCGCCGGAAUCACAAUCAGCCACAACAGACGCAAGCCAAACACACACAAUUUGCGAAGCGUCAAGGUCGUGCCGCUACCACCAACAGUUGGUUCGGACCGGAAUUUAUGAUAGCGCGACGCGUUUAUGAAGAUUGUCAGGAGAAGAAUGAUUUCAUCGGUUGUCUCAAACAAAAGGCACUGAAUGCGCUUUCGCGUGCACUCGAGCAGGACUCCAUCAAAAUUGUGGACGGUCUUGUUUUGGAGAAGCAGAAUAGCACCGAGAAAGAAAGUAUUAUCAGCUCGCUAACCGACGGACGCGCGCUCAGCUCAUUGAGCUCGAUCGAUCGUGCACUGCUGGCUAAAAUUGAUAAGUUGACGCGUACGCAUGCUUUAAAAAUGGAUAUGAGUCAAGGACGUGGCGAUAAUGGUGGUGGCCAUAAGAAGAAGAAGGAUAAGGAUGGCGGUCAUGUGAAAUAUGUAAUUGCGGCAUUACUUACAGCCAUGGGUAUUGCCGGACCCAUUGGUCUGAAGGCUUUGGCGGCGAUCGCCACAAAAGCUUUGGUCAUUAGCAAAGUGGCGCUGACAAUUGCCGGUAUUAUUGCGUUAAAGAAACUAUUCUCACACGAUCAUCAAGAAGAGUCCAGUUUUCAGGUACACGCAGGCGAUCAUAAUCGACGCAGCACGUACUUGAUACGUCCGGUGAACAAACCUAAUCAACCGACGGCAUCUGGCGGUGUUAGUCAAUAUUCAGAUCCAUAUCGUUACUACUAUGAAUAUCAUUAA